GGGUCCCUGGGACGGGCUCCGGCCGCCUGGGCGCCAGCCCUCGGGCCCGUGGCCGCUGUCCAGGAGCCUCGCUUUCCCCUGCAGGGUUAAUUAUUUCGAUUGUAAAGAAUUUCAUCAUUCCUGGCGACUUCUGCUAAGGAUUUUUUUCAGUUUUGCUCAAGAGAAAGCUCUGAAUCUAUCAAGUAGCUCUUAAAGAAGUCCUUUGUGUGGGUUAUAAAUAUAGAUGUUUUCAUGAAGAGGAGUGAAAAGCCAGAAGGAUAUAGACAAAUGAGGCCUAAGACCUUUCCUGCCAGUAACUACUCUGGCAGUAGCCGGCAAAUGUUGCAAGAAAUUCGGGAAUCCCUUAGGAAUUUAUCCAAACCAUCAGAUGCUGCUAAAGCUGAGCAUAACAUAAGUAAAAUGUCAACUGAAGAUCCUCGACAAGUUAGAAAUCCACCCAAAUUUGGGACCCAUCAUAAAGCCUUACUGGAAAUUCGAAACUCUCUACAACCGUUUGCAAAUGAAACAAGUCGGAGUACUUCAGAAGUUAAUCCACAAAUGCUUCAAGAUUUGCAAGCUGCUGGAUUUGAUGAGGAUAUGGUUAUACAAGCUCUUCAGAAAACUAACAACAGAAGUAUAGAGGCAGCAAUUGAAUUCAUUAGUAAAAUGAGUUACCAAGAUCCUCGCCGGGAACAGAUGGCUGCAGCAGCUGCCAGACCUCUCAAUGCCAGCUUGAAACCAGGGAGUGUGCAACAACCAGUUAACCGCAAACAAAGCUGGAAGGGUUCCAAAGAAUCCUUAGUUCCUCAGAGACAUGGCCCACCACUAGGAGAAAGCGUGGCCUAUCGUUCCGAAAGUCCCAACUCGCAGACAGAUGUAGGAAGACCUUUGUCAGGAUCUGGUAUAACAGCAUUUGCUCAAGCCCACCCAAGCAAUGGACAGAGGGUGAACCCCCCACCACCUCCUCAAGUAAGGAGUGUCACUCCUCCCCCACCUCCCAGAGGCCAGACUCCCCCUCCAAGAGGUACAACUCCACCUCCUCCCUCGUGGGAACCAAACUCUCAAACAAAGCGCUAUUCCGGAAACAUGGAAUAUGUAAUCUCCCGAAUCUCUCCAGUUCCACCUGGAGCCUGGCAGGAGGGCUAUCCUCCACCGCCUCUGAACACGUCCCCAAUGAAUCCUCCUAAUCAGGGACAGAGAGGCAUUAGUUCUGUUCCUGUUGGCAGACAACCUAUCAUCAUGCAGAGUUCCAACAAAUUUAACUUUCCACCAGGAAGACCUGGAAUUCAGAAUGGUAGCGGUCAAACUGAUUUUAUGAUACACCAAAAUGUCCCUGCUGGCACUGUGAAUCGGCAGCCGCCCCCUCCGUAUCCUCUGACCCCAACUAAUGGACAGAGCUCUUCUGCUUUACAAACAGGGGGAUCUGCUGCCCCUUCAUCAUAUACAAAUGGAAACAUUCCCCAAUCUAUGAUGGUGCCAAACAGAAACAGUCAUAACAUGGAACUUUAUAACAUUAAUGCACCUGGACUGCAAACAACGUGGCCUCAGUCAUCUUCUGCUCCAGCCCAGUCAUCCCCAAGCAGUGGGCAUGAAAUCCCCACAUGGCAACCUAACAUACCAGUGAGGUCAAAUUCCUUUAAUAACCCGUUAGGAAAUAGAACAAGUCAUUCUGCUAAUUCUCAGCCCUCAGCUACAACAGUCACUGCAAUUACACCAGCUCCUAUUCAACAGCCUGUGAAAAGUAUACGUGUAUUAAAACCAGAGCUACAGACUGCGUUAGCACCUACACACCCUUCUUGGAUACCCCAGCCAAUUCAAACGGUUCAACCUAGUCCUUUUUCUGAGGGUACCACUUCAAAUAUGACUGUUAUGCCUCCUGUUGCUGAGGCUCCAAAUUAUCAAGGCCCACCUCCACCUUACCCAAAACAUCUGCUACACCAAAACCCAUCUGUUCCCCCAUAUGAAUCAAUCAGUAAAUCUAGCAAAGAGGAUCAGCCCAGCUUGCCCAAGGAAGAUGAGAGUGAAAAAAGUUACGAAAAUGUGGAUGGUGGGGAUAAAGAAAAGAAACAGAUUACAACUUCACCCAUCACUGUUAGGAAAAACAAGAAAGAUGAAGAGCGAAGGGAAUCUCGUAUUCAAAGUUACUCUCCUCAGGCGUUUAAAUUCUUUAUGGAGCAACACGUAGAAAAUGUACUCAAAUCUCAUCAGCAACGGCUACAUCGGAAAAAACAGUUAGAGAAUGAAAUGAUGCGGGUUGGACUAUCUCAAGAUGCCCAGGAUCAAAUGAGAAAGAUGCUUUGCCAAAAGGAGUCUAAUUAUAUCCGUCUUAAGAGGGCUAAAAUGGACAAGUCUAUGUUUGUGAAGAUAAAGACACUAGGAAUAGGAGCAUUUGGUGAAGUCUGUCUAGCAAGAAAAGUAGAUACUAAGGCUUUGUACGCAACAAAAACUCUUCGAAAGAAAGAUGUUCUGCUUCGAAAUCAAGUCGCUCAUGUUAAAGCUGAGAGAGAUAUCCUGGCCGAAGCUGACAAUGAAUGGGUAGUUCGUCUAUAUUAUUCAUUCCAAGAUAAGGACAAUUUAUACUUUGUAAUGGACUAUAUUCCUGGGGGUGAUAUGAUGAGCCUAUUAAUUAGAAUGGGCAUCUUUCCAGAAAAUCUGGCACGAUUCUACAUAGCAGAACUUACCUGUGCCGUUGAAAGUGUUCAUAAAAUGGGUUUUAUUCAUAGAGAUAUUAAACCUGAUAAUAUUUUGAUUGAUCGUGAUGGUCAUAUUAAAUUGACUGACUUCGGCCUCUGCACUGGCUUCAGAUGGACACAUGAUUCUAAGUACUAUCAGAGUGGUGACCAUCCACGGCAAGAUAGUAUGGAUUUCAGUAAUGAAUGGGGUGACCCUUCUAAUUGUCGAUGUGGAGAUAGAUUGAAGCCAUUGGAGCGGAGAGCUGCACGCCAACAUCAGCGGUGUCUUGCACAUUCGUUGGUUGGGACACCCAAUUAUAUUGCACCUGAAGUGUUGUUACGAACAGGCUAUACACAGUUAUGUGAUUGGUGGAGUGUUGGUGUAAUUCUUUUUGAAAUGUUGGUGGGUCAACCUCCUUUCUUGGCACAAACACCAUUAGAAACACAAAUGAAGGUUAUCAACUGGCAAACAUCUCUUCACAUUCCACCUCAAGCUAAACUGAGUCCUGAAGCCUCUGAUCUUAUUAUUAAACUUUGCCGAGGACCAGAAGAUCGCUUAGGCAAGAAUGGAGCUGAUGAAAUAAAAGCUCAUCCAUUUUUUAAAACAAUUGAUUUCUCCAGUGACCUGAGACAGCAAUCUGCUUCAUACAUUCCUAAAAUCACACACCCAACGGAUACAUCAAAUUUUGAUCCUGUUGAUCCUGAUAAGUUAUGGAGUGAUGAUAAUGAGGAAGAAAAUGUAAACGACACUCUCAACGGAUGGUAUAAAAAUGGAAAGCACCCUGAACAUGCUUUCUAUGAAUUUACCUUUCGGAGGUUCUUUGAUGACAAUGGCUACCCAUAUAAUUAUCCAAAGCCUAUUGAAUAUGAAUAUAUUAAUUCACAAGGCUCAGAGCAACAGUCAGAUGAAGAUGAUCAACACACAGGCUCAGAGAUCAAAAAUCGUGAUCUAGUGUAUGUUUAACACACUAGGAAAUGUAAUGAGGAUUUGCAAAAAGACCUGAAACGCAGAGUUUUUUGAGGCUCCGAGAGUAAAAUUAUGCAAAUGUGACAGAGCUAUGUAUGAGUGCUCUGUGUACAAUAUUUUAUGUUCCUAAAUUAUGGAAAAUCUUUUUUAAAUGUUAAUUUAUUCCAGCCUUUUUAAUCAGUAAUUUAGAAAAAAAAAUUGUUAUAAAGAAAAUAAAUUAUGAACUGAAUAUUAUAGUCAGUUCUUGGUACUUAAAGUACUUAAAAAUAAAAAAAAAAUAGUGCUUUGUUUAAAGGAGAAACCUGGUAUCUAUUUGUACAUACACUAAAUAAUUUUAAAAGACAAGAAUAUUUGAAAUUUUUUUGAAAGACAGUUUUAGUUUUAUCUUGCUUUAACCAAAUAUGAAAUGUACCCCACAUUUACAGAUUUUUUUUUUUUUUUUACCCCAUAUCCUGGUUUUUGGUACAAAAUAAGCUAUAGAAAUUAAGCCAUUAUGGUGAUGAGUGUUCUUAGGCUAAUCUGAUAAUUUACAUCUUGUAAUUAAGAAAUACAGGGUUGAAACAGUAUGCUCAUCAGAAGAAAAAAUACUGCAUUUUCUCUUUCUUAUUUUUCCCCUCUGUGGAAUAUUUACUCUUCUAGCAUUUAUUUCUCAAGAAUUACUGACUUUAAAAGAAGCAAAGCACUACCAUUUUUCUUUCUAUACUGGUAUUUUUAAUGCUGCUUCUAGUUUUAAAAGGGAAAAAAGAUGCCAUAAGUCAAAAUUUACAAUACUGGAUGCUAAGAUCUUUCAUAUUUUUACUUCGAAUUUUUUUUUAAGUUUCUACCAUCCUAAGCAGAAAGAUUAUUUUCAGUUUCAUAAGAAACUUUAAGUAGAAAAAUUAUUUGUGGGUAUUCACUAGAAAAGUACUUUUUCUGCAUAGUGACAGUUUUGAUUAUGUCAUCAGUAAUGUUACAUGUUUCCUCUUUCAGAACAGUGCUGUAUAUACAAGUUGUUAUUGGCAAAGGAAAUCUGGCUAUUUGGCAGUAUUUUACCUAUGGGCAGAAAAAAUUAUUUAACUCUUAAGGUGUCUGUUAGUAAUUAGAAAAAGUUAUAUAGUGGUCUUAGUAGAAAAUUCAAAUCCUCCUGACUUAAUUUAAGGUUAAAUAAUACGUUUUUCAGCAUGCCUAUUAUAUAUAUAUAUAUAUAU